AUCAGAUGCUUGGCGCUCGUAAUGGGAACGCCUCCAAAUGCCAAUCCCUCAGCCUUACGUCGCGACGAUCGCCUUUUUGUCCCGUGUUUUGUCCCGUCUCUUUUCUGCCAUCUUCCUUCCACCUCUCGUACUUUGAUACUUCUGCUAAACUUCUCUACUUUCGAGAUACUACUACUUAUACACUGCACAGCUCGUUCCCCAUCCAGUGCGCGAAGAUGAGUGCAGAGACCACGAUUGCAGUUCCCCCGCCGCCCGACCAGCCGGACCCCACCGACCGUGACGUCACCGAUAAGGAGCAACACGCCGCCCAAACAAUCCAGGUUCGAUCAAACUUCAAUUUUCUCGGAACUUUGUCUGCGUCGCUGACCUACUUCUCUACUCAAGAGAGUAUACCGGGGCUAUCGUACGCGGAGAGAGUUACGCGGGCUCGGACUCUCGCAGCACUCACAGAACACAUCGCGACUGAUCGAGGUAAAAUCCCCCCGACCGCAUUCCCCGCCUCUUAUCCCCCUCGUCGCUGACCCAACCAUCCUCAAAAGGCCGUCAAAGAAGCCGAAUGGCGUCAGAUACACCGACCGUCCGCGCCCGAGGACACCAGCGAUCUCGACAGCGCCGCCCAUGCGCGUAAG